GCAGCUAAAACACGCUACUUCUUCAGUUUACUUAGGAAAACUCACCGCGUCCUUCUCUCUGAGUGUAGCUUCAGGUUUUUACCUUUCAUGUUAUAUAAAGUUUAAAAACCGGUACAGAUGCAUGCAGAACCAAACUGAAGAUGUAAGUUGCUGUCUCUUCUGUCGGAGCUUUGAUGAACAAUAGGAUUAAAACAGACAAGUUAGUGGAUCAGCGCUGAUUACAGGAUGGAAUAGCUACCUUUUGGCUCCUUCAGGCUGCCGUAGUUCUUAGGAAAUCCAAAUUAUCAGGUACAGUUUAUAUUCUAUAGCCUGCGGAUAUAAAGCCAUAAUAAAACCUGGAAUGAAGUUAUAACAAAUGCAUGCUAGUUUAGAAACAUAUAUCUUUCUCCAUGUUAUUUACUUUAAGGACUUAUUAGCCAGCUUGUGGAGCUAGGUGUUAUAUAUAAGAAAGAAAGAUUUCCCCUUAUAUACCCUCAAGUCUUCAUUCUCCAACAAGAUGGAAUAUUUUUGACAUAUUUGUUUUUGUUCUCUCAGCAUGUUCAAGGGUUUAUAUUCUUACUAUUUGGUUUAGUCUAAAACACAAUGAUAUUUCUAACAUACCUCUUUAAAUAAUUGGCACCUUUGCUUUAAAAGUGUCAGUAACAAAACUAAAAUGAUCCUAUCUGUAAAAUAAAACAGUUAUUAAAAAAAAUAUUUUUUUUUUAAUAGAAAAAAUGUGAAUCUUCUAUUUGACUUAUGGUUAACUGAGAAGAAAAAAUAUAUUUAUUUGUAUUGCUGUAGCUCAAUCUCAUAUUGUAAAAUGUAAAAAAAAACCUGCCUUUCAUUUUAGUAAAUGUAUUCAGUUUGAGAAAUAAAAUCCACAGUUCAGAAAUAACUGUUUUUAACAAAGUCUCAAACUUACCACUACAAAGCACUUCCUUUAUAAAUAAACAUGUGUACUUUCCUUUUUUAAGUUAAACACAGGAAUUCUAAAAGGUAAUCCAUGACUUUCCUCUUCACUUGAGUAAAUGUGACACAGUGUAGUGGCCCACUUCUCUUAGCUGCUUUUCAAAAUAGGCAAGACAAGAGAACAUGCCAUUCAAGUAACAAAGAUAUGUAUUCAUCUCCAUAAGUCAAAAAUGGCUGUAUGAAAAUAGCUAUUUACCUAAAUCCACAGAGCAAUUGUUAAAAGGUUUUAAACAACUUGAACUGUGAUAAGCAAGGCUGGAUGAGAAGUUUAUCUCUCCACCCUGCAUGGUAAGGAUGAUGUAAGGGAGGUUAAAACAUGUCCAAAGCUCACUGUUAGAGAACUGCAGCAGAACCUGGCAUCUUGUGGGUCUCUUUCACAGCAGUUAGAUGCUAUCAAGGCAUGCAGGAAAAAGCCAUUUUAGUUUUAAUGUCGUUAAUGUAAACAUGUGGAGGUCACUAAGCUGUUGUGCCUUUGACAGGAACACUCUGCUUUGAUCAGAUGAGACAAUUACCCUGUCACACUAAUGCGUAUCUGAAAUUUUAGACCUGUUGAAAAAUUCAGCAGCUUGAGCGCCACAGCUCUCACACACCGUAUUGCUACAGCACUGAUGCAGCUGCGCCUGAAUAUCACAACAGUACCAAAUAAUGUUACCUAAUCUCACACUGUUCUAUAAUAUCUGCACUGAUAAAGAUUCACUCACCUCGGCAUGCUUGAUGCUUAAACCUGAAAGCAAAACUGACUGCUUCACUUGUUUUCUAAUGAAUUCAGCUCAUAAUUAUCUGACCAUAUGGACAAUUCAUAGAACAUUGAGAUUUCAUUCACAAGCAGUCAGUUGAUCCUUAAAUCUAUAAAAACAAUAAAAUGACGUCACUGCAAGAGUAACAUACCUCAACUCCUCCCAAUACACAGGCACCAUUCAGAACGGGAUCAAAAGUGACACAUGUACUUCAAACAGGGCUGGAUGUUUUACAGAAUCUGCUUAAUUUACCUCAUGGCUUCAUGUCUCUCAGAGUUUCAGCCAUGAGUGUUUUUCCUCCAGUUCGACGGGACCGAGUCAUCGCUCAUCUCCCUCAGGCUUUCAGAAAAGAGGCGGCUUUUCAUUUGACGGAAGAUUUCAACAAUAAAGUGAGGACCGCCUGCCAGGAGCAGCGGACCGGCACUGUUGGAUUUAAAAUCUCCAAGGUCAUUGUGGUCGGUGAUCUGGCUGUGGGGAAAACCUGCCUGAUUAAUAGAUUUUGCAAGGAUGCCUUUGAUAAGAACUACAAGGCAACGAUCGGUGUUGACUUUGAGAUGGAGCGCUUUGAGGUGCUCGGUGUCCCUUUCAGCCUGCAGCUAUGGGACACUGCAGGCCAAGAAAGAUUCAAGUGUAUUGCUUCCACAUACUACAGAGGAGCUCAGGUUGUGAUAAUCGUGUUUGACGUAAAUGACAUUGCCUCUUUAAGCCAUGCGAGGCAGUGGCUUGAGGACGCCUUAAAAGAGAACGACCCCACCAGCGUUCAGCUUUUCCUUGUUGGCACUAAAAAGGACCUGAGUUCUCCUGCUCAAUAUUCUCGGAUUGAGCAAGACGCUCUGAAAUUUGCAAAAGACAUCCAUGCAGAGUAUUGGGCGAUUUCAUCACUAACGGGGGAAAAUGUGAAAGAGUUUUUCUUUCGAGUCGCCGCUUUGGCCUUUGAGACAAACGUUCUUGCUGAGUUGGAAAAAACUGGACCAAGGCAGAUUGGUGACGUUGUCAGAAUUAACAGCACUUCAAGCAAUCUGUACGCUACAACAAAGAAGAAACAUGGAAACUGCUGUCAGUAAGGAUGAGAAAAAGGUUUUAUUUUUUUAGUUCCAAGCUCACAAACUCAGAACGAGGCUUUUUCUCCGCAGUGGAUGAGCUUGGCAGCUGUCCAGCUUAUUUGGGAGGAUUUCUGUGGCCAGAGAGGGAGGGGGCAUUUGAUGGCAAGUUUAGUUUUCUUUUUCUUUUUCCUGGCCAGAAGAGGUUUCUGCUAUGGAAAAAGUGAGGAUAUUUGUGGUGUUGCUCAGUUUUAUAUGUCUGGACUUCAACACAAAAUGAUGGUGAUUCCAUUAAAAUGCCAAAGAGUUUUUAGAUGCUUACUUUGCUUAGAGCUCCAGUUUUGCUGAUGUAGUGUGUAUCACAAUCAAUUAGUGAUUCAAUUUUUAACCCAAAUAUAUCUGAUUGACAUUUUUAUCUAAUAACCGCUUUCUAAAUCAUCAGUUCCUCUCCUCAGCUCAUAUGUUCAUGUUUUAGACUCUUUCACCUGAAAGAUGAGGAAACAGACAUGAACAAAAUGGAGGCAUCUAACAAAAUGAGCUUCACUUACAGCGCUCUCUAGACUUGUUGGCAACACAUUGAUAAAAAUCUGUAAAUUGCCUUAAUAUUAAUGUGUCUUUUAACGCAGUAGUGCAAUUUCAUCAUGAAAAUCCAUCAUUUAAUUUAAGUAGAUUUAUUAAAUAGGUUAAAAAAAAUCUAUUACAUUACUUUACAAAUUUUUCUUUUUCAAAAUCGCCGGUGGUAUAAUAACUGGCGUCCCUUUACAAUAAAUUAAAUGAAACUAUCCAUCCAUCCAUCGUGUAUACCCGCCUAUCCUUACAGGUUUGCUGGAGGGCGAUUGAUUAUCUCUGGCGGUCAUUGGGUUAGAGGCGGGGUACAACCUGGACAGGUUGCCAGUCCAUAAAAGGGCAGCACAGAGACAAACAGGACAACUAUAUACACACAUGCUCACAACCUAUUGCAAUAUAGAGUAACCAAUUAACCUUACGGUCAUGUUUUCUGGACUGUGGGAGGAACCCAGAGUACCUGCAGAGGAGAACAUGCAAACUCCUUGCAUCCUCCAUGAAACUGUUGGUUUACAUUUUUUCUGCAAUGAGGUUGGUUAUGAACUUUUAAUUAUUAUCCUAUGAAUACUUGAUAGCCUGAGUUCUAAAUGUAGUGUCACACAUGGGCCCAUUUCUCUGAGCUUCUGCUCACAAUGGAAACGAAAUGAAGAAGAUGCCACAUAUCUGUCAAUCCUCUUAAGUGAGGACAUUUCUACAAGAAAAUGCAACAAUUUAAUAGUUUAAAACAACUUAGACAAAGAAUGACCCUAGAAAACUACCCUGGUUCCUGGAAAAAGUUCCUGCAUGUGAAACACUUUCUGCAUGAUGACUUGUUGUUCGGGAGGCACACCAGGGCAAAAUCUUUGCUGUCCUACCAUCACAAACGUAAAUGUAUGGAUUUUAAUCUGAAUUUCACAGCUGGGGUGCAAAUACUUUUCUGACAUUCCUGUAGUCAUAUUAAAGGUUGGAUCAGUAUGAAAGUUAAUUAUUUUUGAGGCUUUUUAAACAUAUUUAAACAUAUUUUCCAAGUAUGCAGGGUGCUAAAUACCAGGUACAUUAUUGAACUAUUAUUUUGGUACAGUAUAAAGCUGUAUUUAUUUUUAUGCAUGUGAGCUAAGUGUUAAACUCCUUUAGAAACAUUUCCAGGAAGGCUGAUGGGAGCUAUUACAUAUUUUUCUAUCAAAUCAGUGACUGAAUUUGUUGUAGUCUGUUUCUGUUUGUGAGUAUUUACUAAUUGUUUUGAUUAAGGUGUCUAAUAAUUUUCAUUUUAUGUCAGUAACACAAGCAAUCAUGUCAAAUACUUUUAAUUAGUAAAAAAUAUUAAAACUCAA